ACCACCGGCGGCGAGGAGGCGCGGGACUGCAGCGAACUCACAGCAGCUAACAAGGAUGAGGAGGGCUACAGUGUGGGCAUCUGCAGUACUGGUUCUGUGCCUGGCGGGCCGCUGUGAGUCGGCCAGGAUCCUCUGCCUGAUGAGCACGGUCUCCCACAGCCACCACAUCUUCAACCGGGCCCUCACGCUCGAGCUCGCCAAACGCGGUCACCAGGUGACUGUGUUCACUCCAGACCGGGAGAAGAAACCUGUUCCCAACCUCCGGGAGAUCCUGAUAGAAGGGGCAUACGAGGCUGCACAUGAAGAUUUCGGCUACGAGACCUUCGCUGAAAUGAGUGAGAUGGACAUGGUUGGCGAAAUUUUCGGCUGGGGUGUAACCACUUGCCGUCACACCUUAAAGUCGAAAGGCGCCCGACACCUGCUAGAACUGGCGAAGAAAGAAGCUUUCGAUCUCGUCAUCAACGAAUACGGCCUACAGGAAUGCCUGCUGGGAUUCGUCAGCAAAUUCGGCAACCCUCCAAUGAUCGGCAUCGCAGCCUACCCCAGUCCUCCAUGGGCAAAUGAGGUGGUGGGGAACUUCCAGAACCCGUCCUAUGUGAACACUUACAUUUUGCCUUUGACGGACCACAUGACAUUCACGCAGAGGAUGCAAAACUUUCUGCUCGAUAACUAUGCGUCUCUCUACCGCAGGUUUUUGUACAUGCCGCAGCAGGAUGAGCUCAGCAGGAAGUUCUUCGGCGACUCUACGCCGCUGCCCAGCGAGGUCGAGAAGAACGUCAGCUUCGUGAUGGUCAACACCCACUUCAGCACGGACUACCCAAAGCCGCUGGUGCCGGCCAUCAUAGAGAUCGGCGGGCUGCAAGCGAAACCUCCACAGCCGCUACCCAAGGACCUGAAGGAUUUUCUCGACUCUGCAAACGAAGGGGCUGUCUUCAUGAGCCUGGGCAGCAACAUCCGCAGCGAUAAGCUUGGCGGAACCAGCAGGCGGGCCUUCCUGGAGGCCUUCCAGGAGCUGCCCCAGAAGGUGCUCUGGAAAUGGGAGUCCGAUUCCCUGCCCAAUCAGCCGUCCAACGUCAAGAUCAUCAAGUGGGCUCCUCAAAACGACAUUUUGGCGCACCCCAAUGUGAAGGUGUUCAUAAGCCAUGGGGGGAUGCUGAGUACCAUGGAGGCGGUGUACCAUGGCGUCCCCAUAGUUGGUGUCCCAUUCAUGGCGGACCAGUACCCCAACCUGCGCAGAAACGUGGCCAGGGGUACAGCUGUCGAACUGGACACACUGAGGUUGACCAAGGAGUCCGUCUUGGAUGCGCUCAACAAAGUUCUCCACGACCCCAGCUACGAGCAGCGCAUGAAGCGGCUGUCGGCCAUCUACCGGGACCGGCCGCAGACAGCCCUGGAGACGGCGGUCUGGUGGACGGAGUACGCCCUGAGGCACCAGGGGGCGCCCCACCUGCGCUGCGCCUCGUUGGACCUCUACUGGUUCCAGCGCUGGCUGCUCGACGUCGCCGCACUCGUCGUGCUGGCCGCUGCUGCCGCGUCCUCAGCUCUGUACCUCCUCACCAGGAAGGUCCUCUCGGCACUGUUCCAGGAGGGCGGCAAGCUCAAGAGCUCGUGACACAGCAGUCCAGCUAUGGCAGCUGGCGACCCUGACCAAAAAGCCUUCCCAGUCAUCACUCAACACUUCGGGGCUGAGAUGCCGUGGUCUAUACAUAAAACUCUCCCCUGACAUUUCGCCUUCUACUGUGCAAGGCAUCCUCCGAGGACAAUGGGUGAACUGCAACGAGAGCGCGGGUGAGCGCCGUAUAUAUGAGCCAUCCAGACGGCGCCGCUGUCAAUCACGUGACGUCGGCUGUGUUAUGACCUCUGAUAUUGCCAACUUUCUCAAUUGAAAUUAAUCGAUUGUCACGCUGUUACUGCAAUGCUCACAUCCAUAUCUGAUCCAGCUUAAUGCCUUCAUCUUUUCUAUUGAAAUUAUUACAGUGUUUCGCAAUCUCAAUGGCCUCUCUGUAUAUUCGCGCAUAAUAAUGCGAUGUCUUCGCUAUGUUGGUCGUCUCGCUAAACUUUAUUUCAUGAUCACCUUCCUGAAACACAUGUUCCUCUACAGCCGAUUUAUGAAUAUGUCCGAGGUGGCAGUUCCUUUUAUGUUCACCCAGACGGGUGUUGACGCUUUUUUUGUUCUGCCCAUAUAGACCUUUCCACAACUACACGGAAUUUUAUAGACACCUGGUGUAACUAGAGGACGUCAUUUAUCUUUUGCGGAUCUCAAGGGGGGUAGGACGUCACACGGGCCGACUUGGAGCAGGAGAGGCAUCACAAGACAUUUUAAUUUCCAGUGUCUACACUUUUACAAAUAAACUCAUAAAACUUUGUCAGUAACACCAGGAAAGAUUCGCUUCAAAUGGCUCUGAGCACUAUGCGACUCAACUGCUGUAGUCAUAAGUCCCCUAGAACUCAGAACUACUUAAACCUAACUAACCUAAGGACAGCACACAACACCCAGCCAUCACGAGUCAGAGAAAAUCCCUGACCCCGCCGGGAAUCGAACCCGGGAACCCGUGCGUGGGAAGCGAGAACGCUACCGCACGACCACGAGAUGCGGGCAGGAAAGAUUCGGGAUUCACACUCAUAGCAGAGGAAGUUCGAAUACAUAACAAAAUUUUUUUUUUACGUGUGAAAUUUCAUCCUUUUUUAACUUACUAAUGGCUGCAUUUGUUGCUAUAGGUACACUUUUCUUCAUAAGUAAGAGAAAUGGUUCGAUGAAUUUUGCACAGCAUACAUACCAUACUUACAGGUGUAUGAAACUCUAGAAUUUAUUUAAUUUAUGAAAAGACGAAUGAUCUGUUGUAUUUUAAACUUCAUGUUUAGAAAAAACAUAAAUUUUGUAGUUAAUUACCUCAAUUUUUACCACAGCUUUUAAUAGAUUUGGAAAAUUCUAGAGUUUCAUUCACCUUUAAGUAUGGUUUGAGUGCUGUGCAAAAUUCAUUGAAGAAUCUCUCUUACUUACGAAGAUAAGUGUACCUAAAGCAACAAAUGCUGCCUUCAGUAAGUGAAAAAAAAUGAUGAAAUUUUACAUGUAAAAAAAAUUACGUCGUUGUGUUUUCGAACUUCCUCUGCUAUGAGUGUGAAUUCUGAAUCCUUCCUGGACAUGCUGACAAAGUUUCAUGAAUUUAUUUGUAAAAGUAUAGACAGUGGAAAUUAAAAUGUCCUGUGGUGCCUCUCCCGCUCCAAGUCGGCCCGUUUGACGUACGACCCCCCUUAAACAUUCUUUUAUUUUCGUGGUGGGUCUGAAAACAGUUUCCACAUCGUACUUGCUUAUCUUUUUCAAAUUCGGUCAGUUACCUUACUGAUGAAUGGUAAGAACACUUUCCCCUUGGGUUGGUGUCGAUCGCCGUCCGUCCUGGUUGUCAGUCUAGAGCUUAGUGCACGAUCU